UGGCACAGUACGGCGCAGUGUUCGCGCGAUAAUCGGCGCGGGUGGACGUACGGUCAUGCGAGAAGCGGCUGGCAGGAUGGCCGAACUAGAGUUCGAGGCGCCGCUUGCCCAAAUCGAAGAGGCGGAUGACUGUCUCUCGACAGCAGACUACCCACAGAAGACUAUAAAUGGGAAUGACAUACGUCUCAAUAAUAUCAACAACCUUAAGAGUGAGAUGGUAAAAAUACAAACCGAUUCUAACAAAAUCAACGAUAAUGACGAGCCCAGACCGGUGAAGUGUAAACAGGAUAAUAUGCAGAACUCUGAAGGCGACAAUUUUACGGAGACUUUCUCCGGGUCACUUGAGGAUUUGGUGAACACUUUUGAUGAGAAGAUCACAAAGUGUUUUGGAAAUUACGAAGAAAGCGUGGAGAAGCUGGCUCCAGUACAAGUUCGUUCUCAGGAGGAAAUAAUGAACGAAUGCCAAAUGUGGUGGACAAUCACAGGAAAUUUCGGGAACAUCCUACCAAUUGACUGGACAAAGUCCUUCUCGAGGAAGAUGCACAUCCCAACAUUGAACCUGAGCGACAAAAAGGGUGCUAUGACGCCGGACGAUGAGAUACAUAGCUCAGAAGACGAAGCGGUCGCGUCUGAUCUGGACAUGCACGCUCUGAUCUUAGGAGGUUUACAUCAGGACCACGAGUGCCCAGUGAAAACUGCUGAUGAAGUAAUACAAGAAAUAGACGACAUGAUGCAGGAGACUCCGUCCUCAGAGGGCGAUCUGAUAGAAUAUAACGAGGCCCUGGAAAAGGGGAAGGAGGUGCUCAAUUCUCCCCUUUAUGAAGAUAAACUACGUCAAUUAUCACUCGCUCAACUGAACGAGAUAUUUAUGGAACUGGAAGUGCUGAUCCGGGAGUUCUCGGAGACGCUGAUAGCGGAGCUGGCGUUGAGGGACGAGCUGGAGUACGAGAAGGAGCUGAAGAACACUUUCAUAUCGCUGCUGCUGGCCGUGCAGAACAAGCGCCGCCAGCACCACAUCGAGAAGAAGAAGCGGCCCGGCGCGCCGCGCUCGCCCAACCUCAACCACUCGCACUCCGAGCCCAAGUACUUGACUACAGUGAUCCCGUUCCACAUGGACAAUGGACCUCCCGACAAUCAAUCUCUCCAAGUUCUUAUCAAAAUUCUCAAAGCAAUCAACGAAGACAGCCCCACCGUGCCGACGCUGCUAACAGACUACAUACUCAAAGUCUUGUGUCCGACAUAAACACACACAGAUUUAGCUAAUACCAUAAACAAUAACAACACAACUACAUUUACGCUUCGAACUCUUUACUUUUAAUAUUCAAAAUGUAGUCAUCUGGAACGAUGACGGUUAUCAUUGUCCUUAUAAAGCUAUUUUAGAAGCGAAAAUGUAGUUAUGUUUUGGAUAAAUUUCAGAUUUCUACAUUUCGAUGUCAGCACAUUCUAUUUAAUAUUAAGCUAUUGUUUCAUAUCAAAACAAUAAUAAAAUUUAAUCAGUGUAUCGCAUCAGCGAUUAAUAUAAGCACUUUCUAUAUAUUUAAAACGAUAAAAAAGUAAAUUAAAAAAAAAAGUCCGAGUACAGAUAAAAAAAACGCUCGCAUUCGCAACUUUGUCUAUGCUCUCGAUGUUGCCAUGUGUAUUAUAGAUUUGUAUUUUUAAAAAUGUCUUUAUUUUUCGUAUUUUAAGUUAUUAUUGCCAUAAACUUAUUCUCAUAUUCAAAUUAAUUUUGGCAUAUUUAUGAUUUAUAAUACUUUUUGCAUAAAUGAACUGUGAUAUCGUAUUAUGGUAGUUUGUUAAUUAUUGCUUCCUUUUAAGAUUUACUUAUUCUGUGCUGUUUUCAAUUAAUGUUCAUUGCAUUAUUAUAUUUGUUUAAGAUGUCGGUUAUUUUUAAUGUUUUAUGAAAAAGCGGUGUAAAUAUGAAAUUAAUAAACCGGAAUUGUCGUCUCAAGGUAAAUAAUAAUUAGUGAAUUUAGUUAUUUUAAGAAUUUAACUGGAGAGGCUUGUAAAUAAUAAUGAUCAGCUUUGCCUUCACGUAGGUUUUAUUAAAUAUUAUAUUUUAAAAGGGCUCCAAUCUUAAUGUUAACAAUUAACACAAAUAAAUUGAUGAAUAUAUUCAAUUUUUUAUUGAUUAUCUAUUGUUUUAAAUACGACUAGUGAACGAUACACUUUGUUCAAGCCAAGCCCAAAGUUAUUUUUGUUUUAAAAACAUCGAUAUAUUAUUUCCAUUAGCAUGUAAAACGAAAUAGUUGCGUAGAGUAAAUAAUCAAAUGAUAAAUCAAUGUAACAGAUAAUUUGUCAUAUAAAGUUUAAAUUAAAUUGUCACUAAUCCCGAGCACUAUGCAAUAUAAAUGUAGUUUUAGGUUACAAAAUUAUAAAAUAGGUUUUAUCUCUAGUCUCAACGGUUCGUAGUCAUAAUUUUGUUAAUUUUAAAAUAUAUCAAUCUAUAAAAUAAGAAAAUUCUACAAAUUCUUUAUACAAUUAAAAGAAUUUAAAGAUAAUCUUACGACAGGAAAACUUUUUCGUAAGCUUAUUUUUAUAUUCUAUCAUUUUGACAGCUCGACAAAUACUAAAUAAGGUAUUAAAUUAUAAUGCAUGAUAAUAUGUGUAAAGUUGUUGUUGUAAUUUGAAAACAUUUUAAAGGUUUUAAAUAAAUGAAACAUUAUGUUCUGUUAGCAAUGUAACGCGGAGGCUUUUGUCGCACACUUUUAAAUUUUCGUGUAGCAACACCAAUUUGUUGUAUAUGUAAUUGUGUAGAAAUGAAUAAGGAAAUUGUGGUAACGAAUGACAAAGGUUGGAAAUUGAUAUUAUAUAUAAUAUUUAAAUAGUUGUGAUACAUCAUCUUCAUUAUUUAACCUUGAACAGUCGCACGAUAAAGAGAUAGCUGAAAAUAAAUAGAGUUGAUAAAUAAUAAUAAUUAUAGGAAAUAAUUAAAAAUAUUUAAAUUAUCACCAUUCACGUCAUCAAACUUUAUAUGUAAAACUCUUAAAACAAAAUUGAACCUUUGACUCUGGUUCCCUGGUAACGGGGACCGGCCUUGGUGUGACAAGCUACAUGCGUUGACGCAUCAUCCCCGUCAUCUAUAAGGGAAACAAUGUUAAAGGUUCAAGCCGCCGCGGAAAAUACUGAACUUAACAAACGGCGGCAACAUUCGUCUUUAAUUCUAAAAAAUGUAUUUGUACCAACAGUGCAAAUGAUUCUUAAAGUCUUUGACUUCCACGUGAAUAAUUGGAAUUGAGAUUAAACGUGGAAAUGUUGCUAACAUUCGUGCCCCCAUUCCACCCGAUCACGAUUUGCACAGUGACUUUUUUAAUUUUGAUUUUGCUAUACGUCAAUGUUUGUCAACUCUCUUCUCAGCUGUGUUGACAUUGACGAAAUUAAAUGUCAGUGUCAAAAUUUGUAUAUUGACAAAUUAUGACAUAAAAGUUGACUUUUUUUUUAAUCGGAGCCGUCACAUAAAUUUUAAUUUGACUUUGGCUCAACAUCGUGGGACUGAGUGAGGAAUAUUGGUUAUUUAUAUCGUGUAACUGAAAAUAUCGAUGAAAUAUUUUUAUUAUCUAUUGUCGAUUUAAAAAAUAUUUUAUAGAUAGUCAUUUUAAAUAACUCAACUAUCAGAAUGGACGCGUGGUACCUGGUCAAAAUAAAGGAGCUUGAA